AUGUUAAAAAGCAAGAAAUUGGCAUCGGAGGAAAUACAAGUAGAUGAAGUCGAAAUAACGGAAUUUGUGCCUGAUGAAGCGGCGGAUCAUGUAAAUAUUCGACGUGAUCCACUUUUUGAUGACGUAAAGGUUAAGGCAUUUCAUCGCAGACAUCAUCAUCUGUUAAGGCCUCUACAUCGACGACAACAGCAGCAACAACAAAGCGCUAAAAAAGUUUCAUCAGUUGAUAAAAUAUCGGAAAAAGAAAAAAAAAGGAUGAAAACCCAAACGACGCAGCGGAAGGAAAAAUCUCACAUAUGGCAAAAAGUAGUGUCCAUCGAAAUGGCGUGGAACAGUUGA